CACAGAGUGCGCUUUAGGAGCAUCACUGUACGGAGCGCAGAGGUGGUCCAUAGAGUUACAAGUUUGAGCAGACACAUUGAAACAAAGCUGAUUUGACUCAUACAGGAUUUUAAUUCGGAUCGGGAACACCUGGCACAUUGUUCCGCCACUUAUUCGCUGGGAAUUUUAUGAAAAAACUCGUGUUAUUAGAGGUGCAGAGGUUACUCCGUGUCACUUCUACCUGAUUUCUUUCCGACAGCUGUGCUUUCCGCGUGCGGGGCUCGUGUCGGGAUGCGCACUGACAGUGUUUUGGCUUUGUUGAACUUGUGCGUGCUGCUGCGUGCGUCCGCGGCUCAAGCGUGUGCGCCGUGCUCGCAGCGCGCGUGCCCACCGCUCCCCGCACAUGGCUGUGAGGAGGGGCGCGUGCUGGCGCGAGACCCGUGCGGCUGCUGCGAUCAGUGCGCGCGGUUAGAGAUGGAGCUGUGCGGUGGGGAGAGCUGGGAGCUGGGCUACUGCGCCCCGGGGCUCACCUGCAGCGCUCUCACCCGCACCGGGGCAGUUACCGUUCCCGACACAGGAGUGUGCAAAGGUGUCUCAGACGCUUCCGAUGCUGGUGUGGAAGACGAGCAGUGCCCUCUAUCAAGUGGGUGCAACCUUGUGAGUGGGGAGUGUGUCUGUGAGUCCAAACGCUCCUGCCUCAUCUCCUUUACCUACCCAAAUCUGGAGGCAUGUGCUGAGGGCAGGAAGACGGAAGCCACACGGCAUGAGAAAAGGCACAGGGACAGGCACAGGGAGAAGUUUGUGGGACCCUCAGACCCAGCCUGUGUAUUCUCUGGGUGUAACCUGACCACCACAGGCUGCGAAUGUGCAUCCCAGAGCUGCCAUCCCCAUUUCACCUAUGCCAACCGCAGCCAGUGCCAGCUAGCCGCAGUGGAGCUGAAGUGUGCUGGGAUCACAUGCCCGACUCUAGCCGUGCCCGAGUGCCCUCUUGACUCUGUGCUAACCAGCAGCUACACACCCCCUGGAGGCUGCUGCCCUACAAUACCGCCCCAAUGUACCUGUGCUCAAUGCCCACCCCAGCCAGAAUGUCAUAAUGGCCACAAAGCUUUGAUCAUCAGUGAGGCCUCCGGUGCACCAGGCAACUGCUGUCAGUCCUACAAAUGCGAGAAAGUUUCCCCCAAGUGUGUGCACAACGGGACCGAAUUUACCGAGGGUGAUGUGUAUCGCAUGGACUCCUGCUGGGUGUGUCAGUGUCGUGGAGGCAUCUCCUUCUGCUCCAAGGCCGAGUGUGCUGAGCUGGAGUGUGAUAACUUUUACAUCCCGGACGGUGAAUGCUGUCCUGUCUGCACAGGUGUGGAGCUGUUAUCAUCAGCCAGGACCAAGGCCAGCUGCUGGGUGAACCAUAAGCUAAGGCAGCACGAGGAGCAGUGGAAGGAUGAUGACUGCACAUUCUGCCAAUGUGUGGACGGCGAGUUGCACUGCACCGCCAUGGCGUGCAAACAGAACUGCCAUAACCCCGUCAAGAUCCCCGGAGAGUGCUGCCCUUUCUGUGAGGAGCCUUCAUAUGAGACCAUGAGCCCGCUGCUGUGUCCUCCACUUGAAAACUGCUCUCUGUCAGAACAUGACUGUCCUUUUGGCUUUCAGCAGGACAACAAUGGAUGUCUACUCUGCCAGUGUCUUGGCAACGACUCUUGCCCCAGUCUCUCCAGUUACUGCAACAAGCAGUGCCCAAUGGGGUAUGAAAAGGAUGACUAUGGUUGUGAAGUGUGUGAGUGCAGCAUACCCUCUGAAUGUAGACCUCUGACCUGCAGAAAGACCUGCCCCUAUGGAUAUGUGAGAAAUAAGCAUGGAUGCGAGAUGUGUCGCUGCAUUAAGUGUCCUCCCUUCACAUGUGAUAAGCAGUGCAGUGAAGGCUAUAAGCAGAACAGAAAAGGCUGCAACAUCUGCCUCUGCAAAGCGAGUGAGCAUAGUGUUAGCACGACCACUUCUCCCCCGGGGCGCAGAGACUGUCUGACUGCAAAUGGCCAGCAGUUUGACGAGGGUGAGAGCUGGCACGAUGGCUGCAGGGACUGUUACUGCCAUGCUGGACGGGAGAUGUGUGUUCUCAUCUCCUGCCCUGCACCUAGCUGCACAAACCCUGUGCUCAGGCAACACCAGUGCUGUCCCAGCUGCGAGGAGGAGUUAGGCAGUGGUGUUCGACCUGGGGGAAUGGACAUGGUGGUUUGCCAAGCUCCUGGAGACCAGCUGUAUGUGGAAGGUGAUACUUGGGACCUGGACGAAUGCACCCGCUGUACAUGCAGGCAGGGCCGAGUGCUGUGUGACACUGAAGUAUGCCCCCCUGUCCUCUGUAAGACACCAACCAAGACCAAAGGAACCUGCUGCCACAUCUGCCAAGAGGACACACUCAGCUCCCUCCUUCCUGUCAAUAGCAGCCAACGAGAAUACUGUAUCUCCAGUGAUGGAGACGUACUUUUGGCUGGUGAUUCAUGGAAACCGAAUGCCUGCACUAGUUGCAUUUGCAACAAUGGGACCAUUCAGUGUUUCUCCCAGCGAUGUCCAGCUGCCAAAUGCAAAGUGCCAGUGCUGCGUAAGGGACAGUGCUGUCCACAGUGUCUGGAUAUUACAUCAACCUCAGUGCCAGUGAUCACGACGAGCAAACCUAAAAGCGAAGGCAGCGACACCGUCACGACCAGUCAUAGUGAAGAAUGGAUUACAGUGCAUACAAUAGUACCUGUCACAGAUGGUAGAAGUCACACUGAGGACGUCCCAACCGAGAUGGAAAUGUCCCUCAUCUACCAAUCAGUAGCCUGGAUUCUGGCCGCCCUGCUCAUGUCCAUAGUCCUAUUUUUUAUUGUGGCGUUUCUCAUUAACAAGAAGAAAAACUGUAUACAGAUGUCCUGCUACGAUGCACCCAAAAAGACCGUGAUCCUCAAAAAACACAUGAACAAGAGCUCUGUAGUAUACGCAGAGCCGUCCAAGGAGAACAAGCUCCAGAGUGUGAAGAACGACUGCAGCAUGACCUUCUCGCCAUGCGCGAGUUCUCCCUAUGGAGAGCGGAUCAACAUCCCACGGGCCAAACUGAGCAACGGACACAUGAGAGACCAGCGUUAAGACCUACUGCUGGGACUACUGGAUAUUUUCUUUUUCAUCUCUAUCGGUUUCAUACACAUCCGUGGAGCUCACAGAGCAACUCGUACCACAUGCCAAGGAUUCUUCUGUCUUCCUUCAAGAAGGAACUUUGGUGUCCGGUGGAGGAAAAAAAAAAAGUAUUGUGAAACCCUGCAUCUUAGUUUAUUAUAUUGAUGUUUUUUCCCAUCCUUGCUCAUUUUUGGAGUUAAAAAAAAAUUCUACCCAUAGCUCUCAGGAGCAAUAGGAGAAGAAAGCAACUUCAGGCUAUACCAGUCCACUAUGGAGAGAUGCUGGGAUUGAGUUUCUGAAAACUUUAACUGAACAAUGCUACAGACUUCCGAAUCAAAAUACAAUUCCAAUUUACUCAUUUGGAUCUAUGCUUUAUAAUGCUUUAUGCUUAAAAGUGUACAACCAAGGUUUGAGUUUGCUCAGGCAUAACUUAACUGGGUAUGAUGUACAAUGACCCAAAAUCGAAGUUAUUGGCUGUUUCCUGCGUGGACUUUGGAAGUAUAAAAUGAACAGAAUAGCAUUUACUAUGAUUGAACAACAUUCCUGAGCCAUUUUACUCAAAAGACUUGCAACAUGCAACUAAUCCAAAAAGCCAUGGCAUAAAACCAUGAAGAUACAAGUCAGGAGCAUCAGUUAAAUUAGGGGUCAGGGAGUGAUGUGUUUCAGUAUUUCAAAAACUGCUGAUCUCUUGAGAUUUUGUUGAAGAUUAGAAAGCCAUAGCGUGAUCUUUUUACAAAUUUCAGCUGUCAGUUGACACUGAGCCUCUACUCACUGUAGCCUUAAGCCCCCUUCACACCGCCUGUUCAAGGCGAAAAUACUGGGCCAUUGUUGUAUUUCAGGUGUGCUGUGAGGAGAGCUGUGUCAAAUCAGCUGAGAUCGAGACUGAUCAGCAGUGCCACUCAUUUAUUUUACAAUCAAAUUCAAAAUGAGUGUGCCAAUCCAUCGCAAGGCACACUCGUACAAAAACUCACACACUAUUGGGCAAUUUUGAACACACCAGUUAGCCUAACCUGCAUGUCUUUGGGAGGAAACCCACCAAGCAUGGGGAGAACAUGCAAACCCUAUGAACCUGGACCCUGGAUCUGAAAGGCGACAGUGCUAACCACUGAGCCACCGUGUCGCCUUAAGAAGUAUGGUAGGAAAACCACCAUACAAAUCUUACAAAUCAUCUAUCACUGGUAAGGUCAUCAAAGCUCUGACAUGUAAGCUCUGAUGUAAAGACAGCCACGAGACGCACGUUAUACGUUACCCUAAAUGCUGACGCUGUUGUAUUAAACGUCACGUCUCUUCUGAUAGUGGAACGGCAGUGCACUCCUGAAAAGCACAUAUUGAGGAUACAGGAGUGGAACCCAGUAUGGUCAUCUGCGGCUUCAUACAUAUUGAUGUACAUUUCUGACUACCACAGUUGUUUGGUUAUUUGAGUGAAAGUAGGCUUCCUGUAAGCUUGAACAAGUUUGGCCAGUUUCAUCUGACCGCUUUCAUCAACAAGGUGUUUUUGCUGACGAGGUGAAACUGCCACUCUCAUGAGC